AUGGCUCCUGGCCAAAAACUGCCGGCAUGGUAUUGCCGCUUGGUCGCCCUCACCAUCGAGAAGAAGCGAGACGUACGCCCAGAAGACUUCGAUGAAGACCUCUCCGACAUUGAUGCGACACCAAAAUACAAUGGAGUAGGCAAUAAUCCCUCGGAAUUGAAUUGCGAUUGCGACGGCGAAGACACGGAAUGUGAUUGUCAAUCUUCGAACGAUAGCGAGCAUAGCUCGGAGAGAUCAUACAAUGGAUCGGAUGCUGAUUACUACUACGAACUCAAACACGAACGCGAAGAGCGGAAGCAGCAGUUACGCGAUAUGGAGGUGGAGGAAAAGGAAGAAAAGGAACGUUUGCGCGAAUCUGAGAGCGUUAAGGAAGAGGAAGUACAGGCAGCCUAUAAGUCUCUGCAACAAGCAGAGAUCAGGGGAUCCCUCCUAUGCCCUCUCGACUCCAUCGCUAGCAAGACUUUCCGCUUAUAUUCCCUUGACUAUUUUGAUUAUCGUUACGAUCCCGUCUACUAUCCAUCUAAAUAUGUUGAAUUCUAUUACAUCGAAGAAGGCGACAGCACCUGUACGUAUAAACAACCGCCUACCGAGGAAACGAAAAUUCAGGGUCAUUUGUACUUGAAUGUCGAUUGUGGUUGCGAUUUUGCCUUAUUCUCUCCUCCGAAGCAAGCAGGUCUUAAAAAAUAUAGCUUGAAGGAUGUCGACGGAAAUUUUGCGCCCAUAUUUCAGUUCAUUAGCAACGAUCACUUAAUAGUGACUGUCUCUCGAGAUCUAGUCUUCAUGGAUGUUCCUGUACCCCCGCUUGCACCGGAUAUGUUCACAUUUCACGGCGUUCGUUAUGAUUACAAAGAGGAGAAACGUCGAAGGGACGAGGAAAGAAAACCCCAGCGCUCACCAUCGCCUCGUGAGACUUGGUUUGAGAUGAGCCAUCCGAUGGGAACAUGGAACAUUGGAGCAUUGUGA